CAGUAGUGACGCUACCUCUCGACAUUUUGUAUUUGUUAUUGGACGCGGGAUCAGGAUUCAGUUGUAUUGUAAUUUCGUUCGAAAAACUUUGUCGUUAAAAAUUUAAAUUAGUGGAAAAUUAUAAGGAGUUCAAUAUGGGUGACAUUGAAACAAUUGCAACGCCACAUCCACAUUACAUACCAGGCUAUACAGGCUAUUGCCCCCAAUAUAUCUAUCGCGUGGGAGACACUUAUGGAAAGCAAACCCAUAAACUUCUAGUGGAUCCUUGUAUUUCCCAUGCAGAAAGGUUAAUCUUGUCGAAUAGGAAUGCGGAUGACUACCACGUUCAGAGACCGACACUACGCGAGAUUGACUUGGUGCGCAAUCAUGAGAGAGACGGGGAUCCGAUUUAUAAGCAUCCAACUAUUCCAGGAUACGAGGGGUUCAUUCCGCAUUUGAGUGAUAAAGUCGGUUACAGGUAUUCGAUAGCAGCUAUUGAUUCCAUCGCCGAAUUUGAGAAGCAUAUGCAGAAAAUGAGAUGCCAAGCAAGGAUGCUGAAGCAUCGAAGUGCGGUCCAGGACAAAGCAGCUUAUACACGGAGUCUGGGUGAAAGAUCGCUUCAAACAACCGACUAUAAGCUGCCCCUAAGUGCUGUUCGUCCUGAAUGCCAAGGUAUAAGGAUAGGAGACGACCUACCGAUACCUAUGCCCCCUCCCAUGCCAUACUCGAAGCAUACGCCACCACAUUUUAUGCAGAAGAGCGAUCCAGACAAAUACGUUAAAUUAGGAUACGCUGGUCAUGUCCCACAUGCUAGUUCUCGUAUUGGAAUGACGCACAAACCAUUAACUACGGAUGCGUUAUGUGAAUUCAUGGACCAGUAUAACCGCGAGCGGGCACAGGAAUGGUCUCCCAUUAAGGAAUUCAAUGUUGGCUCCACAAAGGCUCCUCGUUCUGUAACGGAAAUCUACCCUAAAACGAGUGGCUUGAUACCAAAUUACGCUGGACAUGUACCAGGGGUCAUAUUCAGGGUUGGAAGAACAUUCGGUGAUAAUACUGUGGAUGCCAAGCGCUGGUUAAGUAAAGGCUAGUUCGUGAAAAUAGACAUAUUGAAUUGCGUGUAUAAAAGUAAAGUGAAUAAAAAUUCUUGUUGAUUGAA